AUGGGCAUCAAUGCUCGAAGUCCAAAGAACCUGAUCGGUCCCCUCGGUCGCUUCAACCCCAACACCGGUCCCUACGCCCCCGUCGGGGACGUGAUCCAUGUCGUCAAGGGCCAAUACCACAUGGUGACCGAGGGCAUGGCCAUGCUCACCUUCCAGUGCGAUCCUGGCGAGCGCGUGAGCGGCAACUCCGACGCCCUAUCACAUAUCUACAUGAUGGUCGACAUAACGCGCAGGCUCAUCCGCUGCCGCGAGCGAUACGCCAAGACUAGGGCCGAGGAGGAGGUUAAGCGGAGGACCGACGAGCUCCUGGGCUCGAGCUCCCAAAAUGGUGACUGCGCCAACAUCCUCAGGUCGGCGGCCAUCAAAAUCAAGGUCGCCUGGCUCAAGGUCUGCUACAAACACUACUGCCACGGUCUCGAACGCAAGGCGGAUUACGACUACGAAGAUGUCAGCGAUAUACACGAACUGGCCGUUCAGGCUGUCAUGUACCGUGGACAUAUCGUCCUCUAA